GAAUUUUAGUGCUUCAUAUUUUUGCAAAGUUUUGUGUGUGAAAGUGAUGUAAGACGAUAAAAAAUAUUGUCAAACAAUGGAUAACGAUAUGGAAUAUGUGUCUAUCAAUAUAAAGGAAGAAAAAAAUGAGCCGACCUCAGUUUCCGAUGCAAAUGAAAAUAAUUCAAAUAACAACAACAAUAAUAGCAGCCAAGCAGCACCAGAUAGUUCGCCCGAUAGCGUCGAGAAAAAAAUUGUUGAUCAACAAGUCGCCGACAAGGAAAUCGUGAUUUCAAAGAACUGCUGCUGGUGCCAGCAGACAUUGACUGUAAAUGAUCGUCCAAAGUUGUUGGAAUGUUUUCACAGUUGUUGCGAGAGUUGUUUGAAGCAAGAACAAUUGAAGGCCGUGACACAAAAUCAGAGCUGCAAUGUUCUCACAAUUACGUGUCCACUCUGCAAAAUGGAUAAUCGAAGCGAUUAUAUAAUUAAUAAUCACUUUCUCAUCGAGAUGUUAAAUUCAAUGCAAGUCGAUGAUGCAACAAAUGGAAGUGGAACAUCUUCGUCAGGAUCAGCUGAAGAAACUGCAAAAUGUGCAAAUGAAUGUGAAUUUCCAGCGACAAGUUAUUGCGUCGACUGUUCAGAGCUUAUUUGCGACAAUUGUGUCGCUGCACAUCAACGUCUUAAAAUAACCAAAGACCAUACAAUAAAGUCGAAAGAUGCUGCUGAGAAUAAAAGUGAUCAAGAUACAAAAAAAGAGAUUAAAUGUCAAACACAUCCACAGGAAAUUUUAAGUGUUUACUGUCAAACGUGUGAUCGUUUGACAUGUCGAGAUUGUCAAUUGAUGGAGCAUCGUGAGCAUCGAUUUAAAUUUGCUAAUGAAAUGGCGAAAGAAACGCGCGAUCAUUUGCAAGGUUUACUUCAGGAAAUCUCAUACAAGAAAGUUCUGCUUACAAGUGCUAUGAAAGUGAUUGAUGAUCGACAAUCGCUCAUCGCUGAGAAGAAAACUGAACUCUCGAAGGAAAUUCACGAUUUGGUGGCGAAAUUGGCAAGUGCUGUGAGUAGUCGAGGAAAGCAGCUUCUGUUUCGAUUAACUCAAGUAUGUGAAAACAAGCUUCAAGUCCUAAAUGAGAAGAAAGAUGCGCUUCAACAGCUCAGCGGUCACACAGAUCAUUGUAUUAACUUCGUUCAGAAUGCUCUCGAAAUUGGCAGCGACAGCGCUGUUCUCUACAGUAAAAAGACUCUCUCCAGACAUCUCAACAAGGUGAAGUGUCAACGAGCUGAUAUUCCCAAUCCAGAAAUUCCAGUUCGUGUUCAACUUUUCCUGUCAAAUGUUCCAGAACUUGAGAAUGUCAUUUCACGGAUUGGAACGAUUUUAGUUGAUGGGAAGGUUUAUCCUCCAGCUCCUGCUGCUCCAACAGGCACAGUGACACCACCAACAUUGAAUCCACCAGCGAAUCCACUCCAACAAAUGGCGCAACAAGUCGAACAUCGAUCUCAACAGCAAUCAUCACGACAAAGACAAUCGCCGACUGUUACGCCACCGUUACGGCCGCUUCUUCCACAACCACCUCCAAAUACUGGAUACAACAACAAUCCAGGAAUGUUUUCGUCAAGUCCGCAAUUUCCACAAGGCAUGCGAAAUUUUCCUGGCGACUCUACUCGAUUCCCAAUGCCACAUCCAGCUAUGGGACCACCACAACCUCAUGUCAGCUCUUCAACUCAUCCUUCGAUGGGAAACGACAACCUUCGUGGACUUUUAAGCCAUCAAAACUCACAACAAUUUAAUCACGGACCAAUGGCAAAUUAUGGUCCAGGACCGAUGCUUGAUACACGUAACAUGACAACACAACAACAGCAAGCAGCAAUGCAACAAAUGCGAAAUACUUACAUGAAUAAUGCUUCGCAUUUUAAUGCAAAUAGCAAUCCACAACAGAAUGGCGCUCAAAUGCCGCCAACAAAUGCAAUGCAACAGACAGCAAUGCAAAGAUAUCAACAUAUGACCAAUGCACAUUCAUUCAAAAUUCCUUUGAGAUCGCCAGAUACUUUGAGAAAUCAACCAACACCAACGACUGGAACAACAACAAUAACAUCGGGAAGUUUUCCAUUACCCAAUGUAUCAUCAACAAAUCCAAAGACUCCAUCACCGAGUCAAAAAGAUCAACAGAAAGAUCUUGACAGUAUUGAUAGUGUUUGUUCUGAUACUGUGAAUGAUUUGCUUGCAACAAUUGCAAAACUUGAUUCAAAUGGCGUUCAAGUUCUUCCCGAAGGACGACAUAAAGCUACAUCACCUCAAGUUCAUAGUUCAACCGAUGCAAUGGAUGCAAAUGUUACAAUCGAUAAGAAUAAUCAACCAAAAGACGAUCCUAAUGAAGAUUGGUGCGCUUGUUGCAUGGAUGGUGGGGAAUUAAUGUGUUGCGAUAAAUGUCCAAAAGUAUUCCAUCAAGCUUGUCACAUUCCUGUCAUAAGCUCACUUCCAGAAGAGUCAGAAACAUGGCAAUGUUUAUUAUGCUAUAACUUUGCUGAUGCUGCUUUAGAUCAACCAGGAGAAAAACGAGGACCUGGAUUGUCAACUUAUGAAUUAAAAGUUCUUCAACGUAUACUUCUUGAAAUGUUCUGUCAAUUUGAAUUAAGCUCAGAAUUUCGAGUAUUACCGCCAGUUGAAACAAACAAAAGUUAUUAUGAAAACGUUUGCAAUCCGAUAUCUUUAAAUUGUAUUCGUGAAAAGCUCGAUCCUAAUCACAUGCAACAUUAUCAAAGUGUUCAAAGCUUCAUCGACGACUGUCGUCAAAUGUUCACGAAUGCUUUUCUUUCUUAUGGCAUGGAUUCUAAAUCUUAUUUACAAGCCCAAGAACUUGAGAAAUUUUUUGAGAUUCAACUUCGUAAGUUACUUCCUAAAUAUGCAAAAUCACCAUCACAAUUGGCGAGAUCGACAGAGAAUCGUCAGAUGAUGGUUCCAAUGAGUCUGCAUGAUUUGAUUGAUGACAUGGAUGAUCCUAAAGAUAACGAUUACAUGCCACAUAAUAAUCCUAAAAGAAAAAGAUCGACACCAAGUGUGUAAGACUUUUAACUUCUGCAUAUCCGCGGCAACAAAUUUUAAUAACAGUGUAUUUAGUAGCAAUAGUUUUAUGUAACAAUAAUUAAUUAAGAUUAGAAAUGUUGACUCAAUCCAUAAAUAUCUAAGGAAGUAUUUUCACACAUCUUUUCAGUAAAUGAAAAAAGAAAUCAAAAAGAUUAAAACAAAAUCUCAAAUCGCGAUUUGCAGAAUUUCACAGCAAAGAAAUUAUAUUUUAUUUUUUUAUCACAUUUUAUAAAUAAUUUCUUCGUAUCUUUACAUAGAAUAUUUUCAUUAAAUUAGCUAUGAAGGGAGCAUGACAAUUAUAAGGUUUCUUUGUUAAUAUUCAUUCAAUUAAAGGAUUUACUGCGUUUCAUGUGACAUCCAACAUUUCUUUUUCAUAAAUAAUCAUUUAAACGAGUUGAAGGGAAUUUAAUAUCAAAUUUAUUUAUUAAGUAAAAUCAAAUCAAUAAAGGAAAAUUAGAAUUCAGAAUAUUCUGUUGUUGGUGGUCAAGAUCAAGAGAACUGAAAUUUCUUUUGAAGUUCUCUCCAAACAAUCAUCAAAUUUUUAUGAAAAGCAAUCAACAGGAAUAAACUUUCUUUAAUUAAAAGAAUUAAUUUAAUAAGAAAUUCAUGAAUUUAGACUUAGUACCUUAGAAUGCAUUGGAAAUGAAAGAUAUUGAAUGUUAGUUGUGUAAGAUUUAGAUCUUGGAAUGGAUGAGAAAUGAAAGAUUAAAAUUACAGUGCAUGCUUCAUAAAUGCAAACUGAAGAGGGACACAAUUACAGAAUUUUUCAUUCAUGGAGUGUAAAUCUCUAGCAACUUUAUUCGAAAAUAAUUUCAGCUUAUGUACUUAUUGAGUCUACAUUUGUGAAGCAUUUACUGUAUCAAUUUCUAUCGUUCAUUUCAUGAUAAUAAAAUUGAGAGAUUCCUGAUUCAGACUACAACUCAAAGACUUUGAUUUUUGAUAAAGUUUCAACAUUGUAAAAUCUGCCAAAAAACAAAACAGAAAAUUUGUAGCUUUUGACAAUUGACAUUUUAAUUUAAUCAAAAUUUUAGAUUCGAAGUCAGAAAGUUUUAAACCUCAACUCAGUACGUUUAGUAUUAUCAUAAAAAUAUUAAUUUGUAGAUUCUUUUUCCAAUUUUAGUUUACGAGAUUUAUGUAAUUCACAAAGUUAAGCAUCAAAACAAGAAAA